AUGGGGGACUAUGGGGGGAUUGGUGCACCAGUGAGGGCCUUGAAAGAUCUGUUCCCUUUGCUCUUCCAAUUGGCAAGUGCCAAGGAUGUCUCGGUAGCAGAAGUCAUGGAGGCAACGAAGGGACAACUACUUUGGAACGUCAAUUUUAGCAGGAUGGCACAAGAUUGGGAAAUGAGCAGUUUUGCAGACUUUUACAGCCUUAUCUACUCCGUUAGACCAAACAGACAACAAGAGGAUGCUCUGUGGUGGUCCCCUGCAAGUAAAGGUAUUUUUUCCGUGCGAUCAUUUUAUAAGGCCCUCACCCAAGAGCCUAUUAUUCAGUUUCCCUGGAAAAAGAUAUGGCAUCACAAGGCCCCUCCCAAAGUGUCAUUUUUUGUUUGGACAGCCUCCUUAGGUAAGAUACUGACCACCGACAAUUUGAGGAAAAGGAGGAUUAUUAUCGCGGACUGGUGUUGCAUGUGCAAAGGAGCCGGUGAGUCGAUGGAGCACCUUCUCUUGCAUUGUGAUAUAGCAAGGAGUCUCUGGAAUGAAGUCUUUGGACGACUGGAUAUGGCUUCGGUCAUGCCAAAAACCGUGGAGGCAGCCUUGGCUUGUUGGGCAAGCUUGAGAGGUCGGCAACCUAUUAAAGCUAUAUGGAAGAUGAUCCCUCUUUGCAUUAUGUGGUGUUUGUGGCAGGAGCGCAACGAGAGGACUUUUGAAGACCAGGCGAGAUCGAUGGAGGAGCUUAGAGCUUUAUUUUUUAGAACUUUAUGUAGUUGGGCUAUUGCUGUUGACUUCAAUGGCAUGGCCCUUCAAGAGUUCCUUGUCUCUAUUGUGCCUACCUAG